UUUUCGGAGCAAACAUGGGAUCUCGAUGGAUCCUGUUCUUUAGGUGAGGAGACCCUUGUUGGAGAAGCAGGUCACGUGCAAAGCUUCGUUCCAAACCCCCCCCUCUCCAUCUCUGCACGUGCUCCUCUUCUCCAACAUGGAUUCCUCACCUCUCCCCUGCACCUUUUCUCUCUGUGUCAAUGUCAUUGGAACUCGACAGCACGCAGUGCUCUCUCCCUCUCAUUAAAAUUGUUGAUGUUGUGUUUUGGUCGGAGGCGGCGGCGGCGGCUAUCGUCGAGCUAAUGUUGCUAAUGCAUGCCCGCUCGAUUCUCUGCUUCGGCAACUCAUGAAGGUGCCAACUUUCCGACGUAUUCUCUAACAGGAUAAUAUUUCUUAUAUUUAUCGAUUAUUUGUCAUCAAUUCUGCUUAUGUUGCAUGGACUCAAUAGUCUGAACUAAAUUCUGUUAUUUAUCGAAUUUAGGAAUAACAUAUCAAAUAAAUUAACAAUCUUAUUGCAAUCAAACUUCUGUUCCUCUUUGACUUGAAAGGGAGUAAGAAUGUGACUGACUUGACUUUUUUGGUUCGGCUUUCAUAUUGGAAGUCAUACCUUUGAGGCGGGUUCAGGACCGAAUCCUUCCCUCCCACCCCACCAAUCAUCUCUUCUCCGUUCCAAUUUGAUGUGGUCAAAGUUCCUGAGCCUGUCAGAUCUAGUCAAACUGCAUUACCAUUUAAUUGUGAUGGUCAGAGAGUGAGUGUUGGAUACGUUAUGAAUAGAAGAUUACCGGUCUUCUAUGGUGGGCUCGACUCGACCCACCCGAUUGUAUUAGAACCGUUGAUCUUUGGAUGUCAGGACUCAUCCAUCGGCUCAGCCACUCCCAUUCGCUCGUCCUACUUGUAUAUAUACAUAUUGCUCCGUCUCAAGAAUACCGUUGGAUCGGAGUGCACAGAGCUCAGAAACAAGCUCCGUCUCUUCGUGCCGUCCCAAUUCUGUUCUCCCAACACUCGAUGGCCUCUCCUCUGCUCCUCCUCCCCGUCUUGAUGGCUCCCGUCGUCUUCGCCGCCGUCCUCGCCUUCCUAGUACGCCCACGCCCCGUGCGCGUUCCCAUCAAGGGCCGCCAUGUCUUCAUCACCGGGGGUUCCAGCGGCAUCGGCCUCGCCCUCGCCCGCCUCGCUGCCGCGGAGGGCGCCCACGUCUCCAUCCUUGCUCGUAGAGCCGCCCAACUCCAGGAGGCCCGCGACGCCAUCCGCCUCGCAACCGGCCUCGACGUUGCCAUAUUCAGUGCCGACGUUCGGGACGCCGACGCCGUCGCGAAGGCGGUGGAGGCGGCCGGGCCCGUCGACGUACUGGUGUGCAACCACGGCGUAUUCACGCCGCAAGAGCUCGAGAAACAGGAUUUGGAGGAAGUGCGGUUCAUGGUGGAGGUCAAUCUUAUGGGUACCUUCAACCUCAUCAAGGCUGCGCUGCCUACCAUGAAGCAGAGAACCAAGGUCACGGGACUCCCUGCUUCCAUCGCCAUCAUGUCCUCUCAGGCCGGCCAGGUGGGUGUCUACGGUUACACAGCGUACUCCGCUAGCAAAUUCGCACUUCGCGGCUUGGCGGAGGCUCUGCAGCAUGAGGUCAUUGCUGACGACAUUCAUGUGUCCAUGAUAUUUCCUCCGGAUACAGAGACUCCAGGUUUUGCCGAAGAGCACAGGAGGCGGCCAGAUCUCACCAAUAUCAUAGCAGGGUCUUCUGGUGGUAUGAAGGCCGAUGAUGUCGCUAAAAAAGCUUUAGAUGGCAUCAAAUCUUCAAGGUUUAUUGUUCCCUGCAACUUCGAGGGGACUAUGCUAUCUAUAGCAACAGCUGGUUUGUCCCCACAGAGCUCAUUCUUGACUGCAUUAGCUGAGGUGCUUGGUGCCGGAUUCAUGCGCUUCAUGGGUUUAUGUUUCCAGUGGAAUUGGUUUAGUAGUAUCGAAAACUGGCAUUCCAAAAAGAAGGGCUUGUAAUAAGCACCACCAUUUUGGAGAAAAUAAGGUGGUCCCCUUUCACAGCUCAAAUUUACUUCUCAAGCAAUCCUAUUGUACGAAUAAGCUUAAGCCUUUAGGUUUAUGCUCUUUCUUGGUUACCUGUUUAUUUACUAAUUGGUUUAUGUGACAAUCUGCGCAUGAAUUGUUGUCGGAGCAA